AUGGUCAAGACCCCUGUGAUUGGCCUUCUCGGCGGCGGCCAGCUCGGCCAGAUGCUGUGCGAGGCGGCGGCGCCGCUCAACAUCCCCGUGGCCGUGCUCGACGCCGAGGACGCACCGGCCAAGCAGAUCAACCGCAACAAGAACCACGUGGCCGGCUCCUUCAAGGACGCCAGCAAGAUCCGUGCGCUGGCGGCGCACAGCGACGUGCUGACGGUCGAGAUUGAGCACAUUGACACGGACGUUCUCGAGGCGAUUGCGACCAACGGCGCGACGCCCGGCACGACGCCCGUCCCGGUGCACCCGUCGUGGAAGACGCUGCGGCUGGUGCAGAACAAGUACGAGCAGAAGGAAUACCUGGCGUCCAAGGGCCUGCCGGUGGCGAAGCAGGUGGCCGUCGCAACCGGCCGCGGCAUGCGCGCCUCCAUGGAGCAGGCGGCGGCCGCCUUUGGCUACCCGUUCAUGCUCAAGGCGCGCAAGGACUCGUACGACGGGCGCGGCAACUUCAAGGUGGGCACGGCGGCCGACCUGGACGCCGCGGAGGCCGAGUUUGGCCACGUGGCGUGCUACGCCGAGAAGUGGGUGCCGUUUGUCAUGGAGCUGUCGGUGAUGGUGAUCCGCACCGAGGACGACGGCGCGCCCGGCGUGACCAAGCAGCUGCUGCCGUACCCGGUGGUCGAGACGGUGCACGAGGACAACAUCUGCUCGUACGUGUACAUGCCGCCGCGCGGGCUGGCGGGGGCGCGUCUGCAGCAGGUUGCCCAAAAGGCACAGGACGUGGCGUGCCGCGUCGUCGACCAGCUCUGGGGCCGCGGCGUGUUUGCCGUCGAGCUGUUUUUGACGGCCGACGACGCGGUCGUCGUCAACGAGAUUGCGCCCCGCCCGCACAACUCGGGCCACCUGACCAUCGAGUCGACCCCCUACAUGUCGCAGUUCAAGGCCCAGCUGACGGCCAUCCUGGACCGCCCGCUGCCGGCGACGCUCGAGCCGCACGUGCAGUCGGCGCUGAUGAUCAAUGUCCUGGGCGGCGCCACCCCGGAUGCGCACGACGCGCUGAUCGAGGCCGCCCAGUCGACGUUUGCCCCCGGCCUCGGCGUCUACGUACACAUGUACGGCAAGGCGGCCAAGCCCAGCCGCAAGAUUGGCCACAUUACGCUGACGGGCACGCGCCUGUCGAUUGCCGAGCUCGAGCAGGCGGCCACACCGCUCAUCCGCCUGUCCCAGGCCAUCCGCGACGAGCGCCUGCAGGCGCCCACCAAGGCCCUGCGGCCGGCCGCGGCGCCUACGACCGACGCGCCCGUUGUGCCUGUGUCGUCUGCGUCGUCUGCGCCGUCCGCGCCGUCCGCCGGCGUCGCCGCCCACCCGCUGGUCCUCGUCACCAUGGGCUCCGACUCGGACCUGCCUGUGCUCAAGGCCGGCAUCGACGUCCUCGACCAGUUUGGCGUCCCGUGGGAGGUCGACAUCACGUCGGCGCACCGCACGCCGGCCAAGAUGGGCCAGGUGGCCACGGACGCGGCCGCGCGCGGCAUCAAGGUGAUUAUCGCGGCCGCCGGCGGCGCCGCCCACCUGCCCGGCAUGCUGGCGGCGUACACGCCGCUGCCCGUCAUUGGCGUGCCCGUCAAGGCGACGCACCUGGACGGCAUGGACAGUCUGCUGAGCAUUGUGCAGAUGCCGCGGGGCGUGCCGACGGCGACCGUGGCCAUCAACAACUCGACCAAUGCGGCGCUGCUGGCGAUCCGGAUCCUGGGCGCGUUUACACCGUCGCUGCUGGCCAAGAUGGAGGCGUACCAGCGGGACAUGGAGCAGCAGGUAACGGACAAGGCGGAGCGGCUGCGCAGCAUUGGCGUGGAUGCCUACCUGAUGAAGUAG